UUUGCAUCACAGAAUAAUAAUCAAUAUUGGAAACAACAAUUAAUAGAAGCAUUUAAGAAAAAUAAAGAUAUCACGAAUCUUGAAGUAUCACAAAGAUUGAAUCAAGAUGCACAAGAUGUUUUCCUCGAACCAAUUUUCGAAUUUCCUAAUUUUCCCAAUCAAAGGGGUCCCUUAAAGCGGGGUAGAUCAAUUGAAUCGACGAUCCAGAGUCAUGCAAGUCAAUCAAAAUCUUCAAUUUAUAAUACAAGUAGACAAGAACUUUUAACGUUAUAUAAUCCAACUCACGGACAAUCAGAAGAAAAACGCGUAGAAUUAACAGCGAAUCGUGUUGGAUUAAAAGUACCAGAAA